AUGGAGACUGACAAGUGCAGGGAAGAUAAGGAUGAAGGAGGUGGCAAUACUGAAAAUAUGAUAGAUGAGAAAACAGCUAAGAAUGAUAGAAGUAAAGCAAAAGGUCCAUUAGAUGUUAAAAAUGCAUUCCUGAAUGGAGAACUUGAAAAGGAAGUCUAUAUGAGCCCUCCUCCUGGAUUCGAGAGGAUACAAACAAGGGACUCCGGGAAGAUUGUCGUCCUCAUAGUGUAUGUUGAUGAUAUUGUUCUAUCUGGCGAUGAUGAGGGUGAAAUUACAAGGCUUAAAACGAGAAUGGCCAGAGAAUUUGAGAUUAAAGACCUUGGUAAGCUGAGUUACUUCCUUGUAAUGGAAGUGGCUCGAUCAAGACAAGGUAUUUCAAUAUCGCAAAGGAAAUAUACACUGGACUUGCUCAAAGAAAUUGGCAAGACUGGAUGUAAACCUGCUGACACACCCGUGGAGUAUAAUGCAAAACUUGGUGUUAUAAACAACAAAGUUCCUGUUAGCAAGGAACGGUACCAGAGGUUGGUUGGAAAGUUGAUCUACCUGUCCCAUACAAGACCAGAUAUUUCAUAUGCAGUAAGCAUGGUAAGCCAAUUUAUACAAGCUCCCUAUGAGGAGCAUAUGACUGCGGUUGAGCAUAUUCUUCGUUACUUGAAGGGGACUCUUGGUAAGGGUCUGAUGUUUAGGAAGUCUGGAAAAAGGACUAUUGUAGCAUAUACCAAUUCUGAUUGGGCAGGCUCUGUCGUUGAUAGAAAGGCGACCUCUGGGUAUUGCACCUUUGUUUGGGGUAACCUUGUCACCUGGCGAAGUAAGAAACAGGGAGUGGUGGCUAAGUGUAGCGCUGAAGCUGAGUACAGGGUAAUGAGCUUAGGGAUAUGUGAAAAAUCUGGUUGA